AUGAAUACAGUUCGGUUGUGUUUCACCUCCACCAUCGCGUUUCUCAUUGCCGCGAUAUGCUGGUCAGCCGCCGACGCUGUGGUCUGUUGCAACAGUAGUUCAGUUGCUAGCGGCGGCGGAGUCGCGUCUUGCCAGAACAAAAAUCGGACGUUCCACACGGUUGAGGUGAUCGGCGGCGGCACGUGCGAUGACAACCGGACAGCCUUGCCGGUCCGGAAGUGCUGUCCGCCGGGCCAGCCGUACGAUCCGGAAGUGCGGUUCUGCGGACCAGCCGAUGUGGACGACGACGAGUAUCUUCGGCAGAUGAUGCAGCGACUGAGGGAGGGAUUCCGGGUGGUGGCCGAUGCAGUAGUGGUUGGUUAUGAUUAUGAGCAGCCUAAGUGCGACGCCACGCAAUUGCUAGUCGACGUGCCCGCUGUGGAGGUGCGUGGGCUGAGGGAGGUGGACUCGUCGGCCAUCGAGUUGCCACCGGGCUACUGCUUUGACAUGACGCCCACCGAUGAGCUGGUGGCGCGGACGUGCCGGCUACGUGACCAGUACUGCGGCCGGGACGGUUACACGUGCGUCAACAAGUGCUGCGAGCGUGACCAGAUGUACGUCAUCGAUGGCGAGUAA